AGUGUGUGCUGAGGUGUGCAAGUGCGUUGCGCGAGUGUGCGUGGUGCGUGUGCGGGGGCUGCAGCUAUGCCGGUGUGUGUGCACAGAUGUGAGAGGUGCGAGUUCGCAGAUGUGCGGGAUGCGUGUAUGCAGAUGCGUGUGCAGCAGUAGGAGAGCGGGGGUGGGAGGGCCCUGCGACUGACCCACUGGUGGCCGGCGGAGCUGGGGUCCUCCCUUGGGGGUCUUUGCUGACCCCCGCGGGGUGCUGCCCUCAGGCCUCCCGGAGGAUCGGGGCCUCCGUGGGGCGAGUCUCUGCCUGGACGUCCAAGAAGGGCGGACAAGGACUACCAUCCACCAUGGUGAAGCUGAGCUGCAGCUUCUCGGGGAAGUCAGGCAAAGACCCUGGGGACCAGGAUGGGGCUAUUAUGGACAGCGUCCCCCUGAUCAGCCCCCUGGAUGUCAGCCAGCUGCAGCCAUCCUUUGCUGACCAGGUGGUCAUUAAGACACAGACGGAAUACCAGCUGUCCUCCCCGGACCAGUCGAAGAAGUUCUCCGAUCUGGAGGCCCAGAAACUGAGCGGCAGCCACUCGGGCCAUGGGCGCAGGGUGUCCACGGGGAGGAUGCUGGCAUUUACCCUGGCGCUCCUGGCCUGCGUCGUGAUCAUGUACAAGGCUGUCUGGUACGACCAGUUCAGCUGCCCCGACGGCUUCCUGCUUCGGCACAAGAUCUGCACCCCGCUGACUCUGGAGAUGUACUACACCGAGCUGGACCCCGAGCGUCACCGCAGCAUCCUGGCGGCCAUUGGGGCCUACCCAAUGGGCCGCAAGCACGGCACGGAGACGCCGUGGGUUGGGGGCUACCGCGCCUUCAAGGAGACGCCCAAGGCACCCAACCGGGCGGGCGCAGCGGCCGCCGCUUCGGAGCCCUCCGGGAAGCCUUCCGCCAAGCCCUCCGCCAAGCCCUCCGCCAAGCCUUCCCUGAAGCCCUCGGAGAAGCCCUCCGCUCAGGGAGAGAAAGAGGCGGCGCAGGUGGCGGGGAGCGCGCUGCCCCCAGCCCCCCAGUGAC